CCCUGACAAGGGAGUAAACACACUGAGCGGAAGAGCCAGAGAGGUGUGAGUGUGUGACUAGAAAUGUGUGCAUAAAUAGGAGAGCUGAGCUACCGUUGGUCAACAGUUAGCUCUCAGCAGCCAACCAGAUAACACCUGAUCACCACAGAGAGAGAGAGAGAGAGAAAAGAAGAGAACUUGACUCCAGCCAGCCAAACUCAAGUGACCAUUUCUAAACUUGUCAUCAACAGAGCUUCUGCUAUACUUAUUUGGACAAUAUCCAUUCUUACUUCAACCAGCCUUCAUCUAUCUGCAAUAUUUUCACACUUUUCAUAGCUUGAAUCAGGUGUAUUUUCAGCAAUUUUUAAAGCCAUGGCUCAUUUAUCCUCAUCAGUGUUUCUUGUGAGUGCUUUGAUCAUCUUCUUAGAGGUAGCGUACAUCGUAACGGUGUCUGAAGCAAGUUGUGCCUCUUGCCCCAUCACACAUCCUCAACAGAAGUUCUGUAAUGCGGAGUUUGUUUACAAGGUGAGACCUAUCUCAUGGCAAUAUGUUGACAUUGAGGGCAAUCCUGUACUCUAUGCAUCACAAGCCUACGAUGUCCAGUAUAAAGUCAAAGUGGAGAACGUCUUUAAAGGGCAAGAAAUUUUGGCAAAGGAUGGGGCAAUCAUCUUUCUCCACUCGCCCAAGAACCUGUGCCUCAUUGACAAGCUAGAGAUGGGCAUCAAAUAUCUCAUCAGUGCUGAUAUGCGAGGAGAGAUUAUACAAGUAACAGCUUGUGGAAUUGUUCAAAAGUGGUCUGACCUCACCCCAUCACAGAGGAGAGGAGUGAGAGGUUUCUACCAGUCACAGUGCUCCAGCUGUAAGGUCUUUGGGUCAGCAGUCCAACGUUACUAUGGAGGUGACGAGAUCAUUGACGAAAUGAGCUCUGGACUGUGGAGCAAACGACAGUGCUUCUAUAACCCUCUUGCUUCCGUAACUUAUGGCAGCGAAGAGUGCGAGACCAAACAUGCCUACUGUGUCCAUCAAAAAGAUGGUGUUUGUGGAUGGGAGGGUGGAGAGGCCUACGAGCAAUGCUUCCGCCAGAGAGAGUACAACUGGCAGCUGAUGCAGUUCGCAGAGAUCGGUCUUGCUGCCUGGACCUGCCCUGAGCAAUGUAAGGACCUCACGCCUAGGAGACUCAAGUACAAGUGCAAGAAAGCCACUAGGAAGAUGCCACCCUGCAACUCAAGAGACACUGUCAGAGAGUUUGAGCCUGAAGCUGCCUUGGAGGCUGUACGAACCGUUGAUCCUAACACCAUUGAUGAGGUUCCUCCUACUGAAUCACCAGAGAUCUUAGCAGCGCUAUCAGCCCUAUUCGAUUAGAUAUUGUCAAGGUUUUAUUGGAUGAUGUAUUCACUUUUUUAUCAAGUGUGUGGCAACCAUGGUCCUCUUUUCAUUCUUAGAGUAGACUCAUACACUGCAAGACUCUGGUCUAUAAUAUUUAAGGAUUUUUUAAAAACAAUAAUCAAUAUUAUCUGAGAAUUAAGUGGUCAUUGGAUUAAAAGGAAAUGGUUCCAGUGAUUGAGAUAUACCUGCAGGCAGAGAUAAAUAUAUCUUUAUCACUGUAAUAUUUUUUGCUCAAAUUUAAUGAUACAUUUUAGUGAAAAUUACCACCUUCAAAAUUAUGUAUUUAUAGUUCUAUGAUCUUAUUUCACUUCAUUCUAUUUAAUUUUUUUGGUUAUUGUUUAUGAUAUGAAUUUAUGUCAAAUUAUUGUUUGUUAUACUGGACAAUAUAAAAAUUUCUACCUCUGAACAUUCACAAAGUAUUCAGAAAAUAAGUAUUUAUUACCAAUCAAGGGCAAUGUCAUUGAUUGCCCCAAUCCUAGCAAAAUAUUUUUGAAGAAAAAAAAGAAUAUUAUUUUAGACAGUUAUCAGUAUUCAAUAAUGUGAAAAACCAAGAUUAUGUUCACUGUUGUGAAGGAAAUUGCUGCGAAACAGGGUCUUUGAUUUUAUGAUUUGUAAAUAUUGGUUUUUACCUCAGUUCAAAACAUGCUGCAAUAAGUGCUAGAACUGAAAAAAUUGAAACUUAUAUUAUUUCAAAAUAACCCAGGAUAACUAGGUUGAUUGUUAUACUGUGUACAUGAUCAUUACAUAAUUAAAUUACUUGAUAUAGUUGUCAUAUAUAGCAUGUACAAUGCAUCCCUUCAAAAUUUAAAAAAGAUUGUGACGUUAAAGUCUAUUUUGAUGCAAUUGCAAAUACUAAUGUUCUCCAAGAGUGCUACAAAAAUAAUAUAAAAUUCAUAAUGACUAACCAAGAAAAGUAAAACACAACUUUAUAUUUUACACAAUUUCUUUUUGCUCCCAAGUCAGUGCUUCUACCCAUUUCAAGUUUCAUAUACUUUGGUUUUUUUGUGUGCAGAUUUUACAUUCAAAUUUCUCUUUCAACCUUCACUCACGGACAGGAAAAUAGUCUUUCUCUCUAUGCAAGAGUGUCUUAUUUAUUAUUUCAUUAUCUCUUUCUGAAUGUUGAAUAAUUUAUUGAGCAUGUAUAUGAAUGUUUUCUCGAUUGUAUCUUUACAAUCAUGAUGUCUUUACUUCACCAUUUGGCAGCUGUGCAAUCUUUUGUAUGUAAAACUUUUGUUAUUAAAUAUUCUAUAUACUCUUCAUGUGAAGGAAA